AUGGGCGUCUCCACCUAUUUUGCUCGCUUGACAGUCAAUUCGUCUGAAAGCAGUAUUAAGUUAUCGAAGUCUUGUCCAUCUGUGCAUUUGGUAAAGGAGAAUUCUUGGCCCCAAAUAACCUUAGAUAGGAGAAAGAACGAUACGCCUUCUCCCACGGGUCACAUACUAGGAAGAGGGAUUAAUGGUCAAUUGAUGAAAGGCUAUUCCAGGAUCAAUGUCAUUCAUUUCAUCCAGGGAGACACCAAAGAUAUCGGUGUUGGACUUGAAACACUUGAUGAUGCUUAUUUCUAUAGAGCCAGGGAGGUUAGUUGUUAUCCUUACCGUGCGAGAUGGAUUUUUGUCGAGUUAGAAGACUAUGAAUUCACCGUCUAUGAUUAG